AUGCCGUCGCCCCGAACGCUCGUCGCCGUCUGCACUUACAACGAAGUCGAGAACUUGCCGUCGCUCGUCGAAGCGAUCGAGGCGGCGCUCCCCGAGGUCGACGUGCUGAUUGUCGACGACAACUCGCCCGACGGGACGGGGCGUUGGGCCGACGAACGAGCGGCCGCCGACCCACGCGUCGCCGUACUCCAUCGAGAGGGCAAACUCGGCCUCGGCUCGGCGACGUUCGCCGCAAUGCGGCACGCGAUCGACGGCGGGUACGACGUCGUCUGUACACUCGACGCCGAUUGGAGCCAUCCGCCCGAUCGUCUGCCGGCGCUGGUCGAGUUGGUCGAAACGCACGACGUCGCGAUCGGCUCGCGCUACGUCGAUGGCGGCGCGAUCGAGGGUUGGCCGCUGAAACGCCGCGUCGCGAGUCGCCUGGUCAACUUCGCCGCGCGGUUCUUGCUCCGUCUGCCGACGCGUGAUUCCAGCGGCGCCUUCCGAGCCUACCGGGUCGACACGGUCAAACGCCUCGACUUCGACACGAUGCGUUGCCCCGGCUACGCCUACCUCGAAGAGAUCCUCUGGCGGCUGAAGCGGCUCGGCGCCACGUUCGGCGAGACGCCGAUCACGUUCACCGAGCGGCGGGCGGGCGCCUCGAAGAUCAACCGCGGCGAGGUCUUCGCGGCGGCCCGGUUGCUGUUGCGGCUUGGCGUCUCGGAGUGGUUCGGCGUCCGACACCCCUUCUGCGCUGCGCCGGUUCGGUUGCGCGUCCUCAAGAACGCCCGCGGAGUUGUCGUCCCCAUGAGCACCAAACGCAUCGGCAUCCUCACUUCGGGCGGCGACUGCCCGGGACUUAACGCCGUGAUCCGCGGCGCCGUGAAGGCGUGCCACCAGCUCGGCUACGACUGCGUCGGCUUCCUGAAGGGAUACGAAGGGCUCCACGAUCCCGUUCAAUACGUCCACCUGACGCCGCAGAGCACGCGUGGAAUCCUGAACCAGGGCGGCACGAUUCUCGGCUCAACGAACAAGGGCCGCUUCGCCGCGACGGUCGGCGUGCAGGACCGCCAGGAGAUCGCCCCGCACCUGAUGGAAGGCGUCAAGUCGACCAUCAAGCAGCUCGGCAUCGACGGAUUGAUCUGUGUCGGCGGCGACGGCUCGCUCGCCGUCGCGCAGCAGUUCCACGAACAGGGCAUCCCGGUCGUCGGCGUUCCCAAGACGAUCGACAACGAUCUGUCGGCCACGGCUUUCACGUUCGGCUUUGACAGCGCCAUCGAGUGCGCGACCGACGCGCUCGACCGCCUGCACACCACCGCCGCGAGCCACGAGCGGAUCAUGGUCCUCGAGGUCAUGGGCCGCCACGCCGGCUGGAUCGCGUUGCACGCGGGUAUCGCCGGCGGCGGCGACGUGAUCCUGAUCCCCGAGAUCCCCUGGUCGUUCGAGCACGUCUGCCACAAGAUUCUGCACCGCGAGAGCCAAGGGAAGAAGUUCACGUUGGUUGUCGUCGCCGAGGGCGCCGAGUUGCCGGGCGGGGCCCUCGUUGGGGAACAACGCGACGGCGCGCAGAUGAAGCUGGGCGGCCUGGGCCGCGCGGUCGCCGAAGAGAUCGAGCGGCGGCUUCACCGCGAGACGCGACUAAGCGUCUUGGGGCACCUGCAACGCGGCGGCAGCCCGACCACCUUCGACCGCGUCCUCGCCACGCAGUUCGGCGCCCACGCCGUUCGUUUGGUCAAGGAAGGCCGUUUCGGCGAGAUGAUCUGCAGUCGGCCGCCCGAGAUGACCAGCGUCCCGAUCAUGGAGGCGGUCAACGUGCUUCGUCAGGUCGAUCCGCACGGUCCUUGCGUGCAGGCGGCUCGGGCGCUCGGCGUGAGCUUCGGCGACCGACCGGCCGACGAGAUCGGUCAGGACGUCUUCGACCGGCUCGAGCCCGUGUCGCACGUCGCGGACUUGGUUUCGCAACCCGCCGUGGUUGAGGCCGAGUCGCUUGAGACGGAAACGACUGAAGCGCCGACGGAAGAACUCGCCGUCGAGACGACUGUUGCCGUCGUCGAAACGUCGGCCGAAGCCGACCCGGAAGAAGCCGCGGCAGAGCAAGUCGCCGAGACGCUCCUCGACAUGGUCGCCGAAGCCGACGAAGCGGCGCACGGCCCGGUCGUCGAGCCGGAGACCGAGUCGCCGGUCGAGGAGUCGGUUGACGACGACCGGCUGCCCGAGCUCCCGGAGACCGAUGAACUUCCGGCCGAGGAGGAGGCGCCCGUCGCUGAGCCCGAAGACGAACCCAAGGCCGAGCGCGAGCCCGAAAGUGCUCCGGCGCCUGUCUCGACGCCCGAGGUGCUGGAGCAGGAGCUGACGAUCGGCGAAGCGUUGAUCGACGAAGAACCCGAGGCGGCCAGCGACCCUGAGCCACAAGCCGCCGCGGUCCCGGAGGGGGUCGACCUUUCCGCGGCACAGGCUCAGUUGGCGCAGCGAAUCGCCGAGGCGGCGAAGACGGCCCGAGAGGACGUGCCUGAAGAGACUUCGCUUGAGCAGGCGGGUGAGAUCUCGGUCGCCGAUCUCGUGAAGCAGAAGCUAGCCGCCGCGGCGUUGAAGACGCCCCCGGCGGCGGACGCCGAGAAGUCGAACCCGUCGUCCGAGCCGCAGGCGGAGCCGCGCGGCGACGAGCUCGUUGCCGAGUACCGCCGAUUCGGCAAGACCGAGCUGUCGAUGCCCGUCUUCAGUUGCGGCGGGAUGCGCUACCAGCAGACCUGGGACGACGCCACGCUCGACGUUGUCGAGGCAGAGAACCAACGGAACCUGCGGGCGACAAUCGACCGCGCGCUCGAGUUGGGCGUCACCCACAUCGAGACCGCGCGGGGCUACGGCACGAGCGAGCGGCAACUCGGCCUCGUGCUGCCCGAGCUGCGUGAGCGACGCCCCGAGAGCGGCGGUCCGGAGGGGCUGAUCGUCCAGACGAAGGUCGCCCCGCUCGCCGAUGCGGGCGAGUUUCGCCGGCAGGUGCUCGACUCACUCGACCGCCUGCGGAUGUCACGCGUCGACUUGCUGGGGCUGCACGGCAUCAACACCCACGAGCUGCUCUGGUGGGCCACGAAGCCGGGCGGCUGUCUCGAAGUGGCGCGGGAGCUGCAAGCCGAGGGCCGCGUCGGGCACGUCGGUUUCUCGACUCACGGUGCGACCGACCUGAUCGUCGACGCGAUCGAGGCGAAGAACCACGGCGGCUUCGACUACGUGAACCUCCAUUGGUACUACAUCAACCAAUGGAACUGGCCGGCGGUCGAGGCGGCGAAGCGGAACGACCUCGGCGUGUUCAUCAUCUCGCCAAGCGACAAGGGCGGCAUGCUGUACAAGCCGCCGCAGCGGCUGGUCGAGCUGUGUGAGCCGCUGCACCCGAUCGUCUUCAACUGUCUCUUCUGCUUGAACCGUCCCGAGGUUCACACGCUCAGCCUCGGCGCCGCGCAGCCGAGCGACUUCGACCUGCAGAUGUCGUCGUUGCCGCUGCUUGAGGAUGCGAACGAGAAGCUCGCGCCGAUCUUGGCGAAGCUGCAGGCGGCCAUGGACGAGACGGUUGGCGAGGACGUCGCCCGGCGAUUCCGCGAGGGGCUGCCGGUCUGGGACGCCGAGAAGAACGCGGGCCACAUCAACACCCAUAUCGUGCUGUGGCUGCGCGGACUGGCGCUCGCCUACGACAUGGUCGAAUACGGCAAGAUGCGCUACAACCUGCUCGGCAACGGCGGGCACUGGUUCGCGGGGCUUGGAGCCGGCCACCUCGACACGAUGCCUGUCGAGCGUCUGGAGAAGGCCUACAAGGACUCGCCGUUCGCCGAGCAAGUCGCCGGUUGGCUCCGCGAGACGCACGAGCUGCUCGGCGACGCGGCGGUGGGACGGCUGAGCGCCGACUGA